GUUUCACAUUUGACUCGUCGAUCAUUUUGCGUCGCAGACAGGUUUUUUAGAUACAAAAUUAUUAUUCAUAUUCCAGCAUGUUAUUUGCAAAACCCACACACCAUACACCAAGUUUCGGGUCUUUGUUAACUAUGAGCAUUAGAGACCAUUAGUCACAUAUUCCCUGAUUUCCUUCUUGCAACAGAUUAUCCUGGACAGCUUAUCAUCAGGUCGGUUUGAGACUUGGUAUCUGACUGUACUUACAGCGAGUAAGCCUUUGUAUGGAUCGUUGUACAUCAGAAAAUAUCAAACGAGGUGCAGUUCUUGACUUUAGUCUAGAAGUUAAUUUUGUGGCCAACUUUCCUCUAAAUACUGAAAGUUGAAACUUUCAUUGUUUUCUUAUUGAUAUUCAGACUGAAUUUGCAGCGACAAGGCAAUGACUGCAACGUCCUGGAUGCUCCUUCUACUGAUGUCUUGCCAGCAGGUUUAUGAUGCAAAACCUUGUAGAGACAAACAUCUUUGCUGUAAACAGGAAAGCUUUGCUCCUCGUCCAAAUCAGACUCAAAGAAGUGACACAUGCAAUCUAGCUUUCGGGAAUAAUGCCAGCCAGGAUUGCAGCAUCUGCGUAAAUGGAGAAAGGAGAGAACAAGCAGGACACAACCAGUAUACUCAACAGUAUUGCACGGUACCUGUGCAGGAUGAUGCGAGAGGGAACUGCAAAUGCUUCUUAUUAUGCAGUAAUAAAUUCUACGAGUGUGAAGUGUGUGAGUCCAAUGAUGGCCAACGUCCACACGUGUCGUCAGGGAAACAGACAGGAAAAAAUUCUUGGGACAAGAAGACCUUUGGGACCAUCAUCGGCGUCAUCGUUGUUAGCGUUGCUGUUGUUCUUAUUGUGACAUUCAGAAAGAAAAUUAACUGCUCCAGGGGAGACCAGAAUAACCAGUCUCAAAGAAACAGCAAGAGAAACUUGGAUGAGGAAGGGGUUUCAGCAGGGUGUUCCCGAUUCACCUCUCCCAGCGACCCUGACUCUAGCACUGGAAUGUACCGUCUUCAAAGAGAUCGGGAAGUCGGGAGAAACUACAGACCUCUAGGGCAAUCAAUCACACAAACAUCCUAUCAUUUCCAGCUACAGACUUCCAUUCAUCGGCCGUUCGAAGAUGAGAAUGAAGAUGAGAUAUACAAUGAAAUCAACGACGAAGACAUCAGGUGUUUCCCAGAACGCGGGUUAUUCCACAAUGCCACAUCUCGCCAGGUGUGCGAGGUCCCUCCGUCUUUUCUUGAGAGACAGUGGGAUCAAGCAGGAGGAGACGGAGGGUACUAUAAGAAGCUCGAUCGUCAUACUGCCAGAGACAAUCCCACAGACUGCAUGUCAGCUGCUAAUGAGAACUAUCAACGUCUUCCCGGUCCUCAACCUUCUGGUGGAUACGUGUUGGCGAAGGCAGUAACAGACGCCCACGUCCACUCCACGACAGCCCAUGAAGAGCCUUCAAAUAACAAGGUGCUCAGUGACAACACUCCCUUAAACAACAUUUCCAAUGACCACAAUCCCUAUGAUAACGCGUUUAGUGAUAACUCUCCCGAAAACAUUUCCGAAAAUCAUAGCCCCGAGGGUAGCGCUGUCUGCUCCAGUGACAACAAUCCCCAUGAUAACGCCUUUAGUGAUAACUCUCCCGAAAUCAACAUUUCCGCAAACCGUAACCCCUGCUCUCCCUAUGACAACAUUUCCAGUGACAACAAUCCUCAUGACAAAAGUCUCCCGGAGAACAAUGCUCACCAUGAGAACACUGAACAUAACAUUUCUGAUGACAAGACUCCACAUGAAGAGACUCACCUUGACCCCACUGCCCACGAACCUUGUCCAUGACUGUCCAGGACAGUAAUUUCAUCGACACUAACGCACCCCAGGACAACUCUCCCCCUGGCAACUCUUAUACUGAUAUCGAUGGUAGUGAAAACACUGUCUACGAUGACUUGCCUUAUGACAACAUUGCAAUCCACAUUCACCGUGACCAGAUCUCCUCGAAGUCACACCAGGUGAUUGUGAACACACUCUCAAUGAUAACUUUAACGACACUUCACAAGACCUCACCUGGUGACCCACUUCGUCAAAGCGACUGAGCAGACAUCACACCCUUGACAUCGCUAAAGACGUUCGCCACGUUCUCUAAGAACUCCAUCGUUCCUCUGAUGUUCGUGGAAAGCUAAUAUUGUUGAGUGGCUGUUGUCUUGACAUUGUUGUGCCAAGUAUUACAGAACAGUGAUUGCAUGAACGAUUACAAAAUGCUCUUGUAUCAUAUUUUAUGUGUAAUAUAAACAUUUGUUUUGUUUGUAAUUAUGAUCAAAUAGAUUAUAACACACCAAUUCUUUUCAUACAUUUUUGAAUAUUUUGUUUAACAUAUUGCCUUACAGUCAUUAUUUGUGAUCAUGCACCAUUAGAGUAGACUAACCAUCUUCCGUGCAAUAUCAUCAGCUCUUUUAUACUCAGCCCCAAGCUCUGAGAAA